AUGGAAAAUUGUAUAUCAAUUGGAGCUACUGCUAGUCAUCAUAUUGAUAUUACGACAAAACAAAUUGCAUAUAAAAAUCAAGAUUUUGCUUUAUUAAGAUGUGAAUGUAGUUUAUCAAAUGAAUAUUAUCUUACAAUUGGACUUUAUGCUGUUGUUUGUGCAUGUGCAAUGUUAGGUAGAGUUAGUCGAGUGACUGUUUCUCUUAUGUUGUUAUGA